AUGUCAACCGAAACGAGAUUGAGUUCAAUGGAAGAGUUUAUUAGAGCAUUUUUAGAAAUGGAUGCAGAUAACAAUGAAAUGAUUGAUAAACAAGAAUUAAUUAAAUACUGUCAAAAAAAUCGUUUGGAUAUGAGAUUGAUCGAUCCAUGGAUAGCGAGGUUUGAUACUGAUAAAGAUAAUAAAAUCAGUAUAGAAGAGUUCUGCCGUGGAUUCGGUUUAAAAGUAUCAGAAAUUCGACGUGAAAAAGAAGAAUUAAAAAAAGAAAAAGAUGGCAAGGUUUCUAAACUUCCACCAAAUGUUGAAAUUAUUGCAGCAACCAUGUCAAAAACAAAACAAUAUGAUAUAUGUUAUCAAUUUAAAGAAUAUAUUGAUAAUAGUAGUCGAACAAAUAAUGAUAUAAAAGAGGUGGCAAAUAAAAUGAAAACAUUAUUGGAUAAUACUUAUGGUCGUGUAUGGCAAGUUGUUAUAUUAACUGGUUCAUAUUGGAUGAAUUUUUCCCAUGAACCAUUUUUAUCAAUACAAUUCAAGUAUAAUAAUUAUGUCUGUUUAGCAUGGAGAACACCAUCUCAGUAA